AUGGGCAAAAGGUCAAUUGCAUAUCAGUCGAGAAGGCGUUCUUCCCGUUCCUUUGAGAUUCCAAGAGUGGUGGAUGAAACCAACAAUCAUGAUUGGGAACCUCGACAAAUACGAAGCUUCAGUCCAAAGUCUUCGAAGUCUCCCAGGUCUCCAUUGAGAAGUUCUCCUGUUAGAGCUUUUCGAUUGCCAAAGUCACUGCUAGCGCGUAGUCGAUCCAAGAGUGUAUCCAGUGAUCCUCAAACACCGAGAAAGGAGGCUCCCAAGGAGGUACCUCCGAACCCAAUUAGCCCAGCAAAACGAAAACGCAAGUUUCCAGUUCAUUUUCUGCGUCGCCCGGUAUUUUUUGCACGAAAUGUUAGCAAAGGGUCCAAGGGGAGCACAGGAACUGCGACUGAUAUCAGUGAGGAAUACACAUCAUCACUUGGAAACACUCGUGUAUUCGCGGUUUCAUCUCCCAAAUCAAAGUCAAAAGCGGCACAACCCAUACCGGAAACGAUACAUGAACCAGAAGAAGGAUCGCAACCAAGUAAAACUUUCAGUUGCGCAACAGCAAUCCUGAGUUUGGAGUGCUGUGGAGCUGAUCACAGUUUUGAAGCUGAUGACGAGCAUGUGAUACAGAAUCGAAUGCCAGAGGACCCCACAGUGCAACAGUCAUUAGAAUGUAUAUUUGCGUCUCAGCUGCAAGAGGGACUUAAUCUCUGGGAUGAUGAUGAGGAGGUUGAAUCCAUAUCUCUGAAGAAUAGGUCGUCUGAACUUCAAUCACCUGCAUUAGUACAACAAUCCCGCCUGAACCGGUCCAAUCGUCGACUAUCUACAGAGUUGAAGAAGAGCGGAAGCAUACGAAGACAAAGAUCUUUGCAGUACCUGGGUGAAUACGAUCCAGAUGCAAAGGGCGAGAGAUCACUAGCUGAUAAUAGUAUCGAGUGCCCUUGCGAUCGCAGUAGCUUGCCCCCACUGAACCCGGAGUCGUGGCCACAAGCACCACUCUUGCUUCGUCCGACACGAAAUAGUGGUACAAGAAUUAAGGGAGUACGUUUUGCUUCCGAAAAGGAACACUUUUGGAACCCUGAAUCAGAGAAGAGUUGGACCGAUCCACUGGCAUCGAGAUGGGGCAAGCUUUGUCACGAAACUCCAACCCAUAGAUGUUGUGAGAAGUGUGCAAUUCUACCAAUCAACAAUGGCAAUGAAAAGAGUGGGGAAUCACUCGUUAUUGACUUUGAGACAGAUGACUUUGAGGGUACCUUUCUCCUUCGAUUGCGCUUCUCCGAGGGAACAACACCGGAACCGUAUGAUGACAACAUAGGAUACUUUGAAGGCUUAAACAGGCGUUAUCAAGCUAUUGUCCGUGGCCGCUUCAAGAAACAAAUCCCUUUAACCGAACUCUCAACUGGUUUCCGCUUUGAAAGGCCGUGCGGUAAACUUCCACCAAAGUGGAUUCUUCGAGGAGCCAUCAAAGUUCUCAAAUUCUUUGCCCCACAACUCGAUGCAAGGCUUGAUGGCCAACAUCCGCAUUCUCUGUCGCCUCUUGGGAGCACCCCUCAGUCUAUUUUAGUGGAGACUGAAGAAUCAGAUUAUUUGGAUGACAUUCGAGAGGAACCGACAGAAGGGAGGAAUACCCUACUCGGAGAGGCUUCUGGAGCUGAGUCAACAAUGCAACGUGCAAAGUUCCGAAAGCGAAACUUUGACAAAUUGUUUGUACAUGGCUCGAAAGAAGAGAUGACAGAUACAUCCAAGAUUUACACCUUUGAAUUCCUCCAGCAUCUCUUUGAUUUCGAAGAAUUCUCUAUUGAGCUGGGAAGUAUGGUUGGCAGCAUCAAGCUGGAGGAAGUCUUAGAUGGUCAACCACUUCAAUUCAUGGCGACGCACGGUGACAAAAAGCUGUGGUCGUUUGAUAUCUGGCACAAGUGUUUGUGGCAAAGUGCUGUCGCUCAGGACUGA